AUGGCCCGAGCCUCAGCGGAAGGGGAGGUCAAGCUCCCGUCUGACACCACAGCAGCCUACGAUGCUGCCGCUCAGCAGGCGGAGGAGCCCCCAGCCCCAGUCGAGUAUGACAUCGAGCGGAUCGAGAAGGUCUACAAGAAGCUGGAUUUACGCAUCAUCCCGGCUUUCUGGAUCUUGUACUUCCUCUGCUCCGCCAUCCGUUCCAAUAUCGGACUGGCGCAGACCAUGAACGCAGACGUCGGCCACGACCUCCUGACCGUGCUUGGGCUCUCGUCCAACGACGUGUCAACGGCACUAGCGCUGUUCUACGUCUCCUAUGUCAUCUUCGACUGCCCCUCCAAUCUUGUCAUGAGCAGACUCAGUCCUCGGGUCUGGAUGGCACGUAUCGUGCUUGCCGUCGGUGUGAUAGGGGCGUGUUUUACCGCGGUCCGGGCUGCCUGGAGCUUGAAGCUGCUGCGUUUCCUUCUUGGGGUAGUAAUCGCUGGCAUGUGGCCGGGUAUGUCUUACUACUUGACGCUGUUCUAUCCGCCGUCGCGGACAGGCAAGCGGAUUGGGCAGUACUUCACAGCUGCCCAGGUCUCUGCUGCUGUAGUUGGCCUGGUCUCCGCGGGCUUCCAGCUCAUGGACGGUGUGAGGGGACUCGUGGGCUUCCAAUGGAUGUUUCUCAUCUAUGGCCUGGUUGCGAUCGUCGUAGGCUUCACCCUCCUGUGGUGGCUGCCCGAGCGACCCUUACCACCUGGCCAGAAACGAGUUCACUCCGGGUUUAUGAAAUGGAUUCCACCCACACCCGAAGCCCUCACGGGCGAGGAUGCCCUUAUCCACUAUCAAGACCUCAAGCGAGUCUACCACCCGCGACCCUGGACCAUGAAGGACCUAGGGCGUGUUCUGAUUGACUGGCGACUAUGGCCUUUGACGCUCAUGUACUUUGGCGUUGUGGGCGUCGGCAUUGGCACGCAACUGUACGGGACCGUGAUCAUCCAUGGCAUCGACUCCAGCUUCACGGGUGUGCAGCUAAGCCUACUUUUCGCACCUAUCUGGAUCAUGGACUUGAUCGCCAUUCUGCUCGUCACCCCUAUUUCGGACCGUUUCCAUCGCCUGCGACCCUUCUUCUUCUCAGCUGCUGUAUGUAUCCAGAUUGCUGGACUCUUGACCACCACAUUCGCGCCAAGAACGAACCCCUGGGCGAGAUACGGCGGGCUUUUGAUGGUCGGGUUCGGUCUUGGUCCAACUGUACCCAUCUGCAUGACCUGGACAAAUGAGAUUUUCCAGCCACGUCAUGGUGAAGUUGGCGUAGCAGCAGCCGCUGCUCUCGUCUCCGGCCUGGGCAACCUCGGAAGUAUCACGACAACAUAUGCCUUGUACACUGGAUGGCCGGCCGACGCUGCGCCAGGACCGUAUCAGUACCGCCGCAGCAAUUUGACCAUGAUCGGAAUCCUCUGCUUGAGCAUUUUGAGCAGCUUCGUCAUGUACUUCGCGCUGAAGUUUGUGGGCAAUAACCCCAGUCACAAAGGCAGCAGUAGCGGCAGCUCCGCGUUGGACGACUCAGAUGUGUUCCAGGAUGGAGCGGCUCGUCGCGAGCUUGAGCAGCGAGGCUUCGGACGCAUGUGGUGGAGCAAAAGGACCUAA